AUGUCUUUCAACGGACAACACUCCGGCUACGGUCCGACCGCCAUGUCAAAUGCGCCUGUCGGACUGUCCAACAACCUCCUCACAACCUCCAUAUCCUCUCUGGCGGCUUCUCCAUCAACGCGCCAUCCUUCUCAAAUAUCAAAAUCGUACCGUCAAGCUUCAACUUUAUUUCUUACGCGUCGUUUGCCCGAGGCUCUAACGACUUUACUGCCAUUGAUUACUCCACCCGAUCAUAUUGACGAUGGCGAGCCUGCGCCAGUUGCGCGUGCAUCAAGAACGACUCGAAUUAAAGUAUGGAGCCUAUAUCUUACCAUUCUCAAUGGCAUUAUCGAGUUAGAGCCCGAGGAGGGCAAGGAUGCAUUCGGGAACCAGGAGUGGAGAGCCCUGUGCACCAAGGUCCGUGAUGGAGAAAUUUGGGAUGAGAUUGUCGCGAACGGAUACCACGGUGUUGAGGGUGACGUCGAUUCAGAUGUGGUAAUCAACCUCGCGACGAUAUUGUUGGCACAUGCCCGUGACCAAAAAUUAAAUCAACAUAAGCUGGAGGCAUAUCUAGCUGCCUCAAACACCCCUAACCUUGACGUCGCGGGCCGGCUCGCUGAAUCGGCAUCGCCCAUCACAAAUCGUUAUCGGUCUCCAGCCAAAGGAGCGAGCGGCGCCAACACGCCCAGAGAUCUCAAUGCUCGAGUCAAGAUCCUCGAGUUGUACACACUACACGUACUCUUGCGCAACAACGAAUGGGACUAUGCUCGUGAAUUUAUUAGUGUCAGUUCUGUCCUGGACGAAGAGCGCCGUGAGGCCUUUCUGCAAGCAUUACAGAGUCUCCAUGACGAGCAACAAGAACAGGAAAAGCUGGAGAAUGAGGAGCGACAACGACAAGAAGAUGAACUACAGAAAGAAAUUGAAGAGGCAACGAAGUUGCGCGCAGAGAACGAAGAGAAGGAAAGAAAACGACUAGAAGAGGAGCGCGCAAAGCGAGAAGAGGAGGAAAAGGCAAAACGAGCAGAAGAGGAGAGUGCAAAGCGCGAAGGGACCGAGGUUGACUACGGAGUUGACGAUACUGCCAGUCAUGAUGGAUCAACUCGACCCCGGAAGGGCAGGACUCUGUCGUCGUCAUCAAAACAGUCUAGGCUGCCAAAGGCACGAAGCUCAAGCCAAGCAGGAUCCAAAGCAAACGGCAAAGCAGUCUCUCGCGCUCCAACUCUGGCAUCACGCGCAUCUAUGGUUAUUUCUCGUUUGGGCGUUGUGAUCGAGAAAUUGGGUGCCUCGCUCAAUGCGAACCCCAUGCUCUUGUUCAAGUUUAUGGCGUUUAUUAUGGGUUUGCUUCUUAUGUUAGGCAAUGCCAAUCUGCGCGCACGAGUGAGGCGCAUACUCUCAGUCUUCUGGGCCAAAGUCAAGGGCACAGCAGGAAUGGGGGUCAAGAUUAAUAAUCUUGGGGCAUCCGUCGCGAUCCUUCUCAAGACGCGUGCAUUCGAAACAGUAAAAGGCGUCCGAGAUACCCUCACCGCCGCAUACAACACACUUGUUCUGGUAGUUUCCGAAGCUGCACUCGUCGCAAAUACGCACAAGGGUCGUAGGUCGAACGUAGGAGUCGCAGACUGGGCAUUUUCCAUCGCACUUGUCGCAGAGACGGCCGAUAGCGAUGCCAGCCUGCUUGCGACACAUAACAAGAUCGCUGGGUGUAGAGGUGUCUUAGUACGCAAAGUCACACAAUUGGCUGCAUGCAUCAAGCGACAUCUUGGACCUCUUAACUUUCACGAUUCAUUCUGCGACAAAGCAGAUAUAAUAUUACAUCAUAUAACACCUAUUCGUCGUAGAAAACUGUGGCUAUUGUCGGAAAUGACCACAGAAAAUGAAUUCCGCGCAGCGGAUGUCAUGAAACUAAGCCCCGGGAACAAUGACGGCUUAGUAUCUCAAAAUGUCUCAGACAUGGAGCUCCCGAAGAGGAAGGCUUCCGAAGAUGUAGAUAGCUCUUCACCAAAACGCAUAAGACAUGACGACUACUUUCGUGAAGCCACGAGCGAACGACCAAGGAGGGGUUCGUCACAGGAGCGCCGCAGUUCUUAUGGCGGUUCCAGAGGCGUGGAUAUUGAUCGCCGAAAAGUCGCGACUCAGGAAGAGAAGAAGCGCGGCAAACGCUUGUUUGGUGGGCUCCUGAGUACUUUGAGCCAGACGAGUGGCGGUUCGACGCAGAAGAGACGAUUGGAGAUAGAGCGAAGGCAGCAGGAACGAAUGCGCAAACAAAGUUUCGAAGAUGACAAGCUACGGGCAGAAAAGAGAACGAGAGUCAUGGAGGCUCGGAAAGGUGAACAGAAUGUGUUUGAUGAGGAAGCUAUGCGAAACAAACAUACUAAAAUGCUUGCGGUGGCCCGGUUCCUACGGACGAAAUCACAACCACAGAUCUAUUAUCUCCCUUGGAAACUCACAGAAGCACAGGAGGCUGCGAUAGACGAGCAAAUACGGCACGCGAAAGCUACAGUAGAGCGUGAAGUGGAUGCUUUCAACGAAAGAAAAGAACAACAGGCGAAUCAAGGCAGACGAUCUUCAGUACGAGCAGAAACGACGGCGCCCUCGGAUGAGGGAAUGGUUCGUGACUAUAAAACUACAAAUGGCACAGAACAUGCAGGAGGAACUCAGGAGACGGGUCAUGAAGCUGACCACCAUGAAGAGGCAGCUGAUGUGUUGGAGGAAGCUGAUGAGGACAUGGUGAUAUAUUGA